ACCGGCAGGCGUGAGUCGUUAGCUGUUCAUUUCUGGCGGGCCUUUUUAGGUGGAUUUGUCGCUGGCGGGUCUCUUGCUCAGGGAUUCCCGGCAGAGCAACAUGACGUCCGCCUUGGAGAACUACAUCAACAGAACUGUUGCUGUUAUUACUUCUGAUGGGAGAAUGAUUGUGGGGACACUAAAGGGUUUUGACCAGACCAUUAAUUUGAUUUUGGAUGAAAGCCAUGAACGAGUGUUCAGCUCUUCACAGGGAGUAGAGCAAGUGGUGCUAGGUUUAUACAUCGUAAGGGGUGACAAUGUUGCAGUCAUUGGAGAAAUUGAUGAAGAACUUCUGCGCUUGAAACUUGGGGAAAUUCGAGCAGAAACUCUAAACUCUGUACACCUGAGGAAAACACCAAUACAUUAG